UAGUAAUAGAGUAACAGACAAUAGACAUUUUGAAUCGUUUAAAAUAUCGCCUAAUUGACCAAAAGCACAAAAUAGGAUUGACAUCACUUACAAGUGCUUCUUGUGGGUAAGUUGGUCAAGCCCUGGUAUCAUUGCUGUUGAGACCAGGAUAGGUCCAGUGAGCCGAUUAUCAACCAGGUCCAGCCAGAAGAGAUUUGAGAGUAAACCAAGUGAAGAGGAUAUUGUGCCUGUAAACCUGUUUGAAUUCAGCGCCGAAGAGAAUGUGCUACAAAACCAGUUAACUCUGUAUGCCAAAUCAUUGAGACCGAGGUUGAAGGAAACAUCAUUGCAAGUAUAUAUUGUGAGGAAUCAGCCACGCGGUCCAUGUCGCCCCCGCGUUGGGCGACUCGGACGCCCCCAGCAACCCUAGCCGCCGUCGCCACCUCGCCGGGGGCCUCCUCCUGUCGCGCCGCUGCCUGAGUGGGCCGCCCGAAGUCCGCGCGGCUCGCGGGGAAGGCGGCGGCGGGGCCUCUCCGACUCCCACCGGUGGAUCUGGGCGGGCGCGGCCGCCAAGGUCGCCAUGGUACGGCUCGUCAGCGUGGCGACGCUCCACGGCGCAGGUCCUGGGACGUGCGUGCAGCGGGGCUUGGGGUCCUCACCUGGACCCAGCCUGUGUCGGCGCUGGCACUGGCCCGUCAGCGGGCAGAUCUGAGCAGGGGACGUCGCACGGCGGCAUGGACGACUCGGCGGGGCUCUGGCGGCCCCUUGGAAUGGUGGAGCUGGCCGGCACGCGGGCUGCGGCGAGGAAGACCACUGGGUGGUGACUGCGUAGGAGUUCUGGCGAUGCGGUCACAGCGUUGUUGCUGCCUGCUAGGGCUACAGAGUGGUCCGGCGGUGGUGGCGGGCUACCCAGCUGUGGGCCUGUGGCUGUUGUGCUGCGUGCUUCCGAUGGUGGUCAGGGGUGAAGCUUUGGACGAAAGCCUUGGUUGGCUUCUGCCAGAGCCGACAAUGGCGGCACUUUUAGUGUCGUUGUCUUCCUUAGAAGCGUUGUCGUUGGCGCUUCCUCCUCACCGUGGGGAUUCUCCGAGGGAAACCUCGACUGAGCUAGCUCGGGCAGGCGAUGGCGACAUGCAAUGUCGUUGUCCUCCAUGGAAGCGUCGCCUUGGAGCCCCACUACGCUGCCUUCUUAGUGCUGCUAAGGUCACCCUUCUCGGCACUGCUGCCUGUCUUGCGGACAUCAUCCUCUCUAGUUUGAGCUUCAGGGAUGGCCAGCACCUGAUCAAAAGGGAAUGGACGCUCUCCCCGUCCUCGCGGCGGCUAGCACCGCACCUGCCGCCGCUGCCGCUCCCCCCGCCUGCUCGCCGGAAAACCAACCCCAACCCCUCCAUCACCCCAUUGAUCAGGCCUCCAUCCUCCAGAGCCACCCUGCCUCGGUGGAGAUUCCAGCAUUCGACGCGGACGCCCGCAUUCCCAGAUCUGACUCCGGGACUUCUUCUUCGACGCGGUCCUGCCUCAAGCCUGCCGCCGGUUCGUCGACAGCUAAGGCCGCCUGCACCAGGAGAGUUAGGUUCGCCGAAUCAGCUCUGUCCGCCGACCAAUCUCAUCGUUCCUGCUUUGACGCGUCUGCUGCUCCAACGAAAAUCACUCCGCACGGCCGGGAUGGGACUGCUACCCACCGACUUCAAUACCCAGGCCUGCGUCCCAUCACUCCUCAACGCAGCAAAUCCGCGGAAUCCGGCGCUGAAGAUUUGCCUGGCUGGACAACGGUCCAUCGGCGACUCCGCAAGAGAUUCAAUUCGCCUGCGACUUCAUUGAAGCCAACAACCGAGCAUUCAAGGUUCCGCCAUCUGGACAACAAAAAUCUUAAGGUAAGCCUGAGAGGUAAAUGCUUCCGAUGUCUGGCCAGAGGGCACUACGCCAUUGAUUGCAGGGAUCCGUUGAAAUGCUUCAACUGCGGCGGCCCUGGACACAGAGCCUGGCAAUGUCCCAAGAAGAUUAGUGCUGCUGCUUCUACCCCCUCUGCCUUCCCACCACCUCCCUGCUUCGACAACGUCAACUUCCCUCCUCUGCGCCAAGUCAACAUGGUGAAGCCUGGCAACCCCAUGGAGCGCCCGCAGGAGACUUUCGCUGUUGCCGCGUCCUCUCGGGACAUGGACAGCGAGCUGGCGCGGUUGAGCACCCACGCGGCAUGGGCCUGGCUCGGCGGCGUUCGACCGGCGACAAGCACCAACACAGUAAGAAGGGCUUUCUGCUCUAGGUUCAGGAUGCGCGAAGAAGACAUCAAGGUGGUGAGACACUAUCCAGAGGACUUCCUCGUCACCUUUGAACACCAGCAUCACCGGGACACGGCUGUGGCGCAGCGCGACUUCACCUACAACAACAUCGACAUCCGCGUCAGGCCGUGGCAGCUCCCCGUCCACGGCGACCACAGCGUCUUCGGCUCCCACGUGCGCCUGUGCCUGGAAGGCAUCCCUCUGCACGCAUGGAACGAUGGCAUCGCCAAGCGUGCGGUGGCUAAGUCCUGUGUGCUGGACUACGUUGAAGCCCAGUCGCUGCGAAUGGAGGAUGCUACGACGCUCAAUCUGUGGGCGUGGGCGCGAAACCCGUCUGACAUACCUAAGGUAACGUGGCUGACCAUUGUUGACAGGAGCAGCACUGCCCACGACGCGACACCGGCGGGGCGUAGCGGCUUAACCUUCAGGGUCAUCGUCCACCUUGAUAUGGUGGAAGACCCCCCUACCAGGGAUGGCCAUGGGCAUUCACGUGCGUAUGAUUGGAGGCUUGGUGUUGUUGACGGCGAGUGCGAACCACGUGACCGUCACGACCCUCCACCACCUCGCAGCAACCGUCGCAGGGAUGAGGAUGGUGAUAGUGACCGUCGUGGUCGCCGCCCAGGACGCGACGACAGUUGGAGCUCCCGGCUCUUUCGUAGCAUCUCGCGGGCUCCCAGGGACCGCGAGCGGGAGCGCUCGGGGUCGCGCCAUGGCCAGCGCCAUGACUCACCCAGGCGGCGUCACCACCUCGACGGCGAUCAGCAACUUCGUCACCACCUUCAUGGCGAUCAGCAGCCUCGUCAUGCCGGAGGCACGUCGUUGGUUACGCCACAUGUUGGCCGUGACCCGGCGAUUGGUCGUGACCCGGCGAUACGUGGACGCAGCCGUGUGCGCCGUUCCACCCGUGUUGCUGUCCGGCGUGGCCGUUCAGCGACCCCCCCACGGCAUCCUGCUCGCCCCAGAUUUCCACCAAGCGCCUGCAGUCCCGGCAUCCGCAGCUCACGCGGUGGUGGCAACGACGGUUCUCCGCGCCCUGCUGUGAAGGCUGCAGCUCUUCCUAAAGGUCGUUACCGCGUUGGCUGCGUGUACCGAAGGCGACCGCGCUUGGUGCCUAAGGGCCAAGUCGAUCCGGUCCCUGGGGCUGCUGCUGGCGACAGCAACCUUGCUGUCUGGGAUGGCAGCAGGAUGAAGUUCGCAGACAACGUAAGUCUCAUCCCAGUGCAGCGAGCAUUCACAACUAUUCUUGAUUCCCUUCCAACAUGCCCUGCUAUGCAGCUACUGCCUUUGGUGCAGUCUGAGGAGGACCAUGUGCUGUUAGGCUCUCCCUGCAGCACGGUUGCUGCGGGCUACAACGCCGAAGCUGUAAAGGACUCCAAUGUCGACGCUUCCUCUCGGAUGAUAGCUGCGGUGCAUGAACCUUCAACAGAUGUUGCUGCGGUGUCAACCACCGCGCAAAGCCAUCUACUCAACACCAUAUUCACCAAGCCCUCGCCUGCCAUACUCGAGCGACCAGUGCUACAUCCUUCGGAGGGGGUAACAACACCAGCGACCACUCUGUCUACUAUUCCUGCAGCACCUGCUAGAAGAAUCAAGCAGCGACACGGCUUCAACCUUUCGACGGAAUUUCAGGAUUGGUUCAAGAAGCCACUGACUGUGGAGAUGGGGACGGCCCUAGAUGCUCUGUUCAAUCUGGAUACGCCAGACACAGUUCGCCUCGACAAGGCCUUGCUGGGAAUUGCUGGAGAUGCUAUAGCUGAGAUCCAAGAGGAGGUGGACGCCAUGCAUGCAGAGGCCAGAGCAGUUACUGCGGCUUGAUUGAUGGCUGUUUUAGCUCCAUGUUAGAUGAUGAGGGUCUGCUUUUGUUAUGUCAAUGAGUCUCAGCUCAGUUUCUACUACUUUUGUGAGCACCCUGGACUGUAUUGGGUUGCUGUUUUGCUUCAGACCUAUAACAGCCAUGCUUGUGUUGGCCCUGGUGGCCCCUUUAUGUUUCACUGUCAUUAUUGUGCAGUGCUGCAAUUUCAUCCAGCUGUCGGCAAUUAAUCGGGGUGCUUUUCUCCUCCAUGUCUGACUUUAGCAUCCUGUGCUGGAAUGUUAGGGGUUUAAAUUUGCAAGCGCGCCGAGAUGCAGUGCGCGCGAUGAUCUCCACCACCACUUGCCAUCUUGCCUGUUUGCAAGAGACUAAAUUAUCAACGGUCGACAGGUCCAUUGUGAUGGCGCUUGGAGGACCAAAGCUUAAUAAAUUCAGUUUUAAACCUGCGGAAGGAAUUAGUGGAACACGGGGUGGUAUUCUUUUGCUUUGGGAUAGCGACCUACUCGAAUUGUCCAAUUUUACUAUCGGAGAAUUCCACAUAUCUGCAAAUGUCUCUCUUAAGGAUCGUUGUGCUUCCUUCUACCUGACAGUCGUCUAUGGACCAUCUUGUAGAGGCCGCAAGCCUGAUUUUCUAAGAGAGAUGAGUGCACAGAGGCCUCCUUCACCUUCCCCCUGGUUGGUCCUUGGGGAUUUCAACUGCACAUACAAAGCAAGCGACAAAAACAAUUCUAGAGUCAACCCUCGCCUAAUGCUUCUGUUCAGGCAAGCUCUUGACAUUUGCGACUUGAAAGAAAUUCCUUUGCAAAACAGGAAGUUCACUUGGAGCAAUGAGAGACGACAUCCCACUCUCGUAAGACUAGACAGAUUCUUCUGCAACUCUGAAUGGGAGGAGAUGUUCGGAAUAUUUGGUCUGCAUGCACUAUCAUCCUCGGUCUCUGACCACUGCCCGUUGCUCCUAUCCAAUACUACUAUGCCGAGGCGUCCACGUUCCUUUAGAUUUGAGAAUUUCUGGACCAAAUUACCAGGUUACCAGCAUACAGUUGAGCAAGCCUGGCUGGCACCGACCCAACAUCGUGAGCCUUUUCAUAGGCUGUACUACAAACUGCAGUUCACGGCCAAGGCGCUUAAGGAAUGGAGCUCCAAGUUAAUACCUGAUGCUAGACUCUUUAUGUAUAUGGCCCUAGAAGUUAUUCUAAGACUGGACAUGGCACAAGAAAAUAGGGGACUGUCCGACAUGGAAGUGAACCUCCGAAAUAGAUUGAAGAUGCGCAUCCUUGGCUAUGCGGUAAUUGAAAGGGCACGAAACAGGCAAAACUCACGCAUGCUUUGGCUUAAAUUCGGAGAUGCCAACACUAAAUUUUUCCACCGGAAAGCUGGCUCCAGGAGGCGAAAAAAUUUCAUUCAACGGUUGCGGAGCGGUAAUGGGUGGGUCUUCUCGCACAAUGAAAAAGCGCAAGAGCUACAAAAUUUCUUCCAUAAUGCUUUAAAGCGGCCAACCCCUAGAUCUAUCGACCUUAACUGGGACAUUAUCUCUGACCAGCAGUUUGAUCUAUCAAGCCUCGACGCGCCGUUCUCCGAGGAGGAAAUUAAGAGAAGUAUUGAUCUUUUACCAGGAGAUAAGGCUCCAGGGCCGGACGGCUUCACUGGUGUUUUCCUUAAAUCUUGUUGGACCAUUAUAAGACAUGAUCUCAUGGCUGCAGUGAAUGCUUUCUAUAAUAAUCGAUGCCUCAACCUCCAAUUAAUCAAUUCAGCAAACAUCAUUCUAAUCCCCAAAAAGGAAGGCGCGGAGGUAGCUGGGGACUUCAGACCUAUAAGCCUCAUCCAUUCUUUCAUUAAGAUUAUCACCAAAACCCUGGCUCUUCGUCUGGCGCCGAGAAUGAAUGAGUUAGUUUCACCUUGCCAAAGUGCCUUCAUUCAAAAAAGGAGCAUUCAUGAAAACUUCCUUGCAGUUAGAAGCGCUGUUAGGCGCUUCCAGCGUAUUAAUUCGCCCACGCUAUUCCUCAAGCUAGACAUUGAAAAAGCUUUUGACUCCGUCCGCUGGGAUUACUUGAUUGCCUUACUCCGCAAUUUGGGAUUCCCUGUGAGGUGGACUGACUGGAUCGCUUCUAUCCUCUCCACCUCAACAUCAAGAGUGCUCGUUAACGGGGUCCCUAACCCUCCUAUUCAUCAUGAGAGAGGUCUCAGGCAAGGCGAUCCUCUCUCCCCUCUUCUGUUCGUCUUGGCGAUAGACCCUUUGCAAAAAAUUCUAAAGAUCGCCGCGGACAGUGGAGCAUUGAGCAAGUUGGGAAACAGCUCGCCCAGCAUUAGGAUCUCGCUAUAUGCUGAUGAUGCAGCUUUGUUUGUUAAGCCGAAAAAAGAGGAUAUUGAGACAAUUGUCAAGUUGCUCACCUCAUUUGGCGAGGCCUCUGGUCUGAUGACCAAUUUUCAGAAGUCCAUGAUCGUCCCAAUCCGUUGCCAGGGGCUACCCCUUGAUGACAUCCUUAGUUGCUUCCCAGCCAGAAGAGCAACCUUCCCGAUCCGGUACCUGGGCCUCCCUCUCUCCACAACUAGACUCAGGAAGGAGCACUUCCAGUUUUUGGUGGACAAAGUAUUGAACAAACUGAGCAGCUGGAAUGGGAGAAAUUUCUCAGUGGCAGGGCGCUUAAAUCUGGUGAAAACAGUGCUUACCUCACAACCAAUUUAUCUAUUAACCGCCCUUAAUGCUCCCAAGGCAACGAUUAGCCUUCUAGACUCCAAAAGAAGACAAUUCCUUUGGGCUGGUUCUGAACGACUGACGGGCGGAAAGUGCAAAGUCAACUGGAAACGGGUGGCGAGGCCAAAAUCCCUUGGGGGCUUGGGAGUUCUUGACUUGGGCGCUUUUGCGCGUGCCUUGCGCGCGCGAUGGCUCUGGCAUAAUUGCACCUCAUCACAGAAUAUUUGGGACAACUUAGAGAUUCCUUGCUCUGAUGUUGAUAGACUGCUUUUUGCGGCAUCGACGACCAUUGAUAUUGGUGAUGGUUCUAAAAUCUCCUUCUGGGGCAACGCUUGGGUGAGGGGGCAAAGGCCAAAGGACUUGGCGCCUCGUCUCUUUUCUAUAUCAAGAAAUAAGAGGAAAUCUUUAGCGGAGGCGGUCACAAACAAUGCCUGGAUCAUGGAUCUUGCGCUGUUCGACAGACCGAUUACUCCCCACCACAUUCAUGAGUUCUGCAUUCUUUGGUCUGAAGUCCAAAAGAUCCAGUUUCACCCAGAGCGUGAUGAUGCCAUCACCUGGAAUUUCACUGUGGAUCACCGCUACACAGUCAAAUCGGCAUAUCAGGCACAAUUUUUGGGCUCUGUUCACACAAAUUAUGACCUCAUCAUCUGGAAGAACUGGGCGCCUCCAAAAUGCAAGUUUUUCAGCUGGUUAGCAAUUCAAAAUCGCAUUUGGACAGCAGAUCGAUUAGCCGCCAGGAAUUGGCCCCAUGAACCAACUUGCGUCUUGUGUCGUGCUGCCCAGGAAUCGGGGCUUCAUCUUUUUGUGGAAUGUCGUUUCAUCAAAAGAAUUUGGGAGGAAGUUGCUGUCUGGGUAGCUGUUCAGGGCCUGAAGCCGUCUAACUGGGGGCGACCCCCCGAGCUGGGGCAUUGGUGGGAAAAGCUGGCUUUUUUGCCGGGAUGCAAUAGAAAAGGCAUCAGAUCACUUUUGAUCCUUGUAAACUGGGAGAUUUGGCGAGAACGAAAUGCGAGAAUCUUUGAUCGCAGAUUCUCGAGCUGCCAACAAAUCAUUGCCAAAAUCAAGAGUGAGACAGCAGCCUGGAUUUUGGCAGGGGCCAAGCACCUAGUUACCCCUUAACAACUAUUUAGUGGGGUCUGUUUUUUAUUUUUGUUUACUUCUCUUCAGGUUGGAUCUUUGCCUAGUACUUCGGUCACUGUAUUGACUUAAACCUCUUGUUAUUCUUCUUAUCAAUAUAUCUUGGCAGACCUCCUGCCUUUUCAAAAAAAAAAGUCUCGUCGUCUUGGCAGUUUUUUUUACUGCUUUAGGACAGCGAAGGACAACGGCAUCUGUUAUUGCUGUUGGUCUUUACUGUAGUUUUUUUUUUUUGAGGACAGUAGGUUUGCUUUACGACAACGGCAUCUACUGUUGCUGUUGGUCUUUAGACUAGAAGACAGUGCAUGGUCUUGUGAAGGACAGCAUGUUGCAAGACAACAUCUCCUUUAGUAUCUAGAGGACAACAGAAACUUUUUUGAUUAUCCUUUAGCAUCUAGAGGACAGCAGAGAUAACAGCAUCUCUAAUACUGCAGAGUGGUGUGUAGUGCAGUGUGUUCACUGUGUAGUGUGUAGUGUGUAGUGCAGUCCCUAAGGCUAUAAAUAUGUAUCUAUAAUCCUUAUAUGGGCAUGACAUUAUGUAGUAUUUGAGAAAAUAAACAGAAAAUCACCUUAACUCAUAGUAUCAUCGUCUCGAUGAGAGUAAAGAGUCCCGUGUCCCAUUGCUUACACAGGUGUGGUGGUGUUUGAUGUGUGUAGGUGGGGUGCCUUGGACUGUCGGCUAAGGCCCACCAUGGAAGUCGUAACUGAUAGUUGCUUUUGCGCCGUUGGUGCCUAGGGUGUGUCUGGGUCUUCACCGAGGUUGUUGCUUCCUUUGUCGCCGUUUGCUCCAGCGCGCUGCUCCGUCGUUGGUUGAGCUUGCUUGUGCUAAGUCGGAGCUGCUUCCUACGGGGGUCAGUGAAGCUGGGCGACGACGAUGUGCUGCCACUCUCUUGCCAGGUGUGGUGGUAUUGCUGGCAGUAGGUGGGGAUGCCUUGGGUUUCUAGUUGUGGCUCGUCGUGGCAAGUUGGAGCUGCUUGACACCUUUGAGGCAAGCUCGGCAACGAUGACGCACGGUGUUGAUCUUGGGACUCUCCUGGGUGUGCUGUUGGCUUAGUCUGGUGGGGAAAUCGGAGUUGCUUGGUUUUUUUUUUUUGAACAUAAUAGGAGUUGCUUGGUUUGGUGCCAUGCUCGGCAACGAUAACCUAUGCCGGGCUGUGAGGGCUGCUGGGAGUCGUGUGGUGUGUUGUGCUAGUGUGGUGCGAUGUGUGUUGAUGCCCCAAUCCAACCUGUCGGUCCUUAACCGUGCAAGUGUUAUAUAGUGUGUGUUGAUGUCCCAAUCCAACUGCCCAGUUUUGUUUAUUGUGUUAACCAGUCUGGGUUUCUUCUUUUUAAUAUAACCGGCAAGCUUUGCCUGGUUCAUUUCAAAAAGUAUACAUUGUGAGAUAUAACA